GUUUGGCUACUAUUAAAGAGGUGAGAGGAGGAGAUGAGGGAAAUAGAGAAGGGCUUGGGAGUCAGGCUUUAAAAAAAUGUUGGGAGUUUUGCCCCAAUUUUAUUGCUGAGCAUCCUAGUCAUAGCCAAGAGUUUUUUACCAGCACUAGCGGGUGGGUAUUUCCACCCCGUUUUGAAAAUCUUCAAACCGGAGUUUUUAACGAGGUUUGCUCUAUUGAUAUUAAAUCUUGUUAUGCCAACAUUAUGCGGGAUUAUCCUUUGCCAUGUGGUAGUCCUGAGUUG